AUGCCUGAAACGACUGCCGCAGUGCACACCCCCCCUCGGACGACAAACACGACCAGUAAUGAUGCCAUGACACCAGAACAAGUUGAACAGUUUGAGAUUCAUCGUCUGAAAGCGAAGGCUAGACAACGACAAAAUGAAGAGUUAGCAGCUGAACAAAGCAACUCGAGUUCUGUGAACCCAAACAAUAAACGUCCAAUUGGAGUGACACCUGCUACAUCCACGUCUCCAACAGCGUCUGGCAACCUCAAGAAACUACAAAGAGACUCGCGACUGGGCACUUACUUCGAGUAUGAUCUUUCUAAGAUGGUCAAUUCAAAGGGAGGUUUCUUGGUUGAAGAUGAUAAAGAAGUAGAUGAAGUAACUAUAAGGAAAGAACGGGAGAGAGAAAUGCAGAGAGCGAAACAGAAUCUUGAGCCCCCUAUAUACCUCGAUCCUGAGAGAAAUCCCAGAUGCAACGAGUGCGAUACCGUUGACAUCGACCAUACAUUCCACAAGAUCUUCAAUUGCCGGGUCUGCAAGAAGUGUCAGAACGAGCUACCCGAGAAAUACAGUCUGCUCACGAAGACCGAGUGUAAGGAGGACUAUCUUCUGACCGAUGCCGAGCUCCGCGAUCAAGAACUUCUUCCUCAUUUAUUGAAAGCCAACCCUCACAAAUCGACGUUCGCAAACAUGAUGCUCUUCCUUCGUUGCCAGGUUGAAGACUUUGCUUGGAAAAAAUGGGGCUCUCCGGAGGCAUUGGAUGCUGAAUACGAGUCGCGAGUUGCGGAGAAGAAAAAGAAAAAGAACCGCAAGUUUGAGGAGGGGUUGAAAGACCUCAGAAGACGGACAAAAGAAGGAGUUUGGCAAAAGCGACAAGAUGCCGAACAUCGACAUGCUUUUGGUCCGAGUCACCAAGAAUUAGACGGUAUGAGCAAACAAACAUGCCAUGAAUGUGGUUUCACGGUGGCAUUUGAGGAAAUAUGA